AUGAGUGCUGUGGACCCAAUCCUGCUGUCGCUGUUUGCAAACCGAUUUAUGGCUGUGGCCGAGUCUAUGGGCCGUUCGUUGCAACAGACAUCCAUUUCGACCAACAUCAAGGAGCGUCUGGACUUCUCGUGCGCGAUUUUUGCCCCCGAUGGCUCGCUGAUUGCCAACGCGCCCCACCUUCCCGUGCAUCUGGGGUCGAUGAGCUUUGCAGUGCAGUACCAGGUCGAGCACAUGCACGAGCUGGGUCAAGGCAAGUUUUCUCGGGGUGACGUGGUGCUCGCGAACCACCCGGUGGCCGGCGGCAGCCACCUGCCCGACAUCACUUGCAUCACCCCAGUCUUUGCCCCCAACAAGGACGAGAUCAUCUUUUUUACUGCGAGCCGCGGUCACCACGCGGACAUUGGCGGUAUCCUCCCGGGAUCGAUGCCCCCGACCUCCAAGACGCUCUUUGAAGAGGGAGCGCAGAUCCGCUCGUUCAAGAUCGUGUCCAACGGCGUGUACAACCGCGACGAGCUCGUCCGCUUGCUGGUCGAUGAGCCGGCAAAGUACCCGGGCUGCUCGGGCACGCGCUGCUUCCGCGACGUCGAGUCGGACCUGCAGGCGCAGAUCGCGGCGAACCACAAGGGCAUCCUCCUGAUCCAGGACCUGGUCGAGGAGUGGGGCCUCAAGACGGUGCAGGACUACAUGAUCCACAUUCGCAACAAUGCCGAGCUGUCCGUGCGUAACCUGCUGCGCCGUGUCGCCGAGCAGCAAAAGUCCAACGAGCUGCACGCCAUCGACUUUAUGGACGACGGCACGCCGAUCGAGCUCCGUGUGACAAUCGAUCCCAAGGAGGGCUCGGCCAUCUUUGACUUUGAGGGCACCGGUCCGGAGGUGAACGCCAACUUCAACUGCCCGCGCUCGGUCGCGUUCAGUGCGAUCAUUUACUCGCUGCGCUGCAUGGUCUCGGACGACAUUCCGCUGAACCAGGGCUGCCUCGCGCCGAUCGACGUGCGCAUUCCCAAGGGCUCGCUCCUCUCGCCUUCGGAGACCGCGGCGGUGGUCGGCGGCAACGUCAUGACCAGCCAGCGCAUCACCGACGUCGUCUUCCGUGCGUUCAAAGCGGUGGCCGCAUCCCAGGGCGACACCAACAACCUCACGUUUGGCACGGGUGGCCAGGACGCCGAGGGCAACCACGUCGAGGGCUUUGGCUACUACGAGACCAUUGCCGGCGGCUCGGGCGCAGGUCCGACGUGGCACGGCACCAGCGGUGUGCAUACCCACAUGACCAACACCCGCAUCACCGAUCCUGAAAUCUUUGAGCGCCGCUACCCGGUGUACCUGCGCCAGUUUGGCCUGCGCGAGGGCUCGGGCGGCGACGGCAAGUACAAGGGCGGCGAUGGCGUGAUUCGCGACAUUGAGUUCCUCGAGCCGGGUAUCCAGGUCAGCAUCCUCUCGGAGCGCCGCGUCUUUCAGCCAUACGGCCUCGAGGGGGGCAGCGAUGCCAAGAGCGGGCUCAACCUCUGGGUCAAGCAGCGCCGCGAGGCCGACGGCGACCUCGUGCCGGCCAACGACGAGGGCGUCGUCCCGCCGCGCAUCAUCAACCUCGGCGGCAAAAACACGACCAAGUUCGGUGCAGGCGACCGCAUCAUUAUCCACACGCCGGGCGGCGGUGGAUACGGCACGCCGACCGACAAGCCGCAAGAAAAGGCGGCGCACCGCGCCCGCCCUGCGACGCGCGGCAGUCUCGCCGACUGGCAAGCGCUGCAGCUCGGCGCGUAA